AUGGCUAACUUUGGAAUGGACAGGGUUUACCAAGAGUUCGAGCCUGCAACUAGAUGGACUUCUGAACCAGACGCCGAGGUCCUUGUCGCUGAUCUUCCAGGAUUCAAGAAAGAACAGCUUAAGGUGGCGGUAACCGCAACAAGGAAGCUAAGAUUAACAGGAGAACGCCCAACUGGUGGAAACAAAUGGAUUCGCUUCCACCAGGAGAUUCCCGUUCCCUUGACCGCUGACGUCGACUCGGUUUCAGCUAUGUUCAAGGAUAACAAACUCUACAUCAGGCAUCCCAAACUCAAGACAGAAAUCCCUCAAACUAAGCCAUUAUCACCGGUCAAACCACCGGUGAUGAUGAAACAUCAAGAUCAACAUGAGAAAAGACAAGGGGUGAUCACGAAACCCCAUGAUCAACACGAGAAAAAACAAGGCCAUCAGGUGGUCACGAAACCACAUGAUCAACACGAGAAAAGACAAGGCCAUGAUUCAAAACCAAUGGUUGAGAAGCUGGGCGGUGGUAAAAUCGAGCAGUUGAAACAUGCUGUACAGAAAAAAGCAAGGGAGCUACAGAGUGGAAAAAAGGAAACAGUUGAUGAUGAGCCUAAAGGACCUUUGAGUUCCAAUGAUGAGGAGAAAGACAAAGAUGGAGCGAAAUGGUUCGAGAAGUACAAAGAGGCAACUGGAAAUGUGGUUAAGGAAGCUAAGAACAAAAGGCAGUUAAUUUGCAAUUUGGCUGCUUCGGUUUCCUUGGUUCUGCUAAUCCUACUCUAUGCCAGAAAUGCAGUACGUUCAUCCUUUGUGUGGAAAUCCGAGGAAUGA